CUCCCUCCAAGAGGGGCAAGAAGAAGAAGGGCAGACGGGGAGUCAAAGCCCUGAAAGUCCAGUCGGACCAGGGCUGUGCUGACAACAACGGACCCAUUGACCUGAUGGAGGAGGUGAGGGACAUCGAGGCUCACCUGAAGGAGGAGGCCUGGAAGGUGGUACAUGAGGUGAAGGCCAUGGGCAGGAGAAGUUUGGGCUUGGCCAUGCCCACGGGGGAAUAGCCACCAGCUCUCUGGGAAGCCUGAGCUCAGUGGAUAUGAACACCCCUGCUGAGCUCCGUGACUACUUGGAUGUAGGGACCCCGGUCAAGUUGCGUGACAGCCCACCCAGGCCUGCUCCCCCUCCUACCAAGCCCAGGAGCAAACUGCCUCGGUCUAUAAGGUUCCUCAGCCUGCCAAAGGCUGCCACCGGCUCAGACAAGAAGGCAGCCAGUGAGCCAAAGGGCCAAAUCAAGAACCAGGCCAGAUUGCAGCCCCUGUCCAACCCAGAGCAGGCCCUGACUAAGACCUUCAAGCUGCUCCACUCUGCCUCUGAUGACUGGGAGAAGAAGAUCGAGGGCUUGACCUUUCUCCGUGUGAUGGCUCAGAACCACAUGGACAUACUGAUGCCUAAACUCCAUGAUAUCUGCAUUGCCAUUAUAAAUGAGGUGAAGAACCUGCGCUCUGCAGUGUCCUGUGCUGCCAUGGCCACACUGGGUGACAUGUACCCACCUCCAGAGGGCCAUGGACAGUGAGGUGGAGGGGACGGCACGCGUGCUGCUGCACAAAACCAGCGAGGCCAACGCCUUCAUCCGGCAGGGCGCCAACUUUGCCCUGGGUCACAUGGUGCAGAGCUGCACCCCUACACGUGUCAUGAAUGCCCUGCUGGUCGGUGGGCUGAGCCACCGUAACGCUGCGGUGAGGAGCUGCACUGCUCAGCACCUGGAGAGACUGGCUCAGGUCAUGGGGACGGCUCGUCUCCUGUCGGGGUAGAAAGACCUCACUGACCGUUUCUUGAUUGCCGUCAGUAAAGUGGCUGUGGACCCUGCACAG